ACGGCCCCGGGCCGGCUCCGCCCCGGCCGCGCGGGCCCGGCGCUGGCGGAAGAUGGCGGCGGCGGGUGGGGGCGGCGCCGCGGUGUCGGUGCUGGCGCCCAGCGGGCGGCGGGUCACGGUGCGGGUGGGGCCCGGCACGGUCCUGCUCCAGGUCCUCGAGGAGGUCUGCAGGAAACAGGGCGGCAGUCCCGGCGAGUACGGCCUGAAGUUUCAGAGGAGUGUUUUGGACCUGUCCUUGCAGUGGAGGUUUGCCAGGCUGCCCAACAAUGCCAAGCUGGAGAUGGUGCCAGUCACUAACAGAGCGGAAGCUGGAACCACGGUUCGGAUAGCAUUACAACUAGAUGAUGGCUCCCGUUUGCAAGACACCUUCCUCUGCCAACAGACUCUGUGGGAACUUCUCAAUCAUUUUGCAAAAAUCAGGGAGUUGAUGGAACAGCAUGGUGAAUUCUCUCCAGUCUGUAUUUACAUGCGGGAUGAGAUAUCAGGAAAAGAUGCCCUGGAGAAGACAACACUGAAGUCACUUGGCCUGACUGGAGGCAGUGCCAUUGUCAGAGUUGUCAUGAAGAAACGCAGUUCAUCUGGUCAGGAGGAAGCUGUGGGCGCCAUGGUGCCUUGUAAUGAGCCAACAGUGAGGCCACGCUCUAUGGAGGGAGCAGAGGAUGUGCUCCUACCUCAAGCAACCACAUUCCCAAAGGACUUGGACCACAGGGAUGUGGCCAUGUCUUUAAACAGCAGCACACCCAAGCAAGACUCGACUAAAGAAACUCAUGCUAGCUUGGAGGAGCUGUGGCCUUCCUCAGAGCCCGAACAUACCCCAUUUGUUCCUUUUUUUGGAGAUGGAGAGCGUCUGGGGGAUUCUUCUGUAGCUACACCAUCCUUUGGGUUAGAUAUGCCAUCUUCAAAGAUGCCAACAACUUUUUCCAGCCCUGGAGGCCCUUCUAAGCCAAAGAAGUCUAAGAACAGCCAAGAAUUUCAAAAGGAGCGAGAACAGCUUGUAGAACGAGAGCCCCUUGUGUGUCACUUAGACCUACUGGAACAGCUUCCUGAUGGCCCAGAAGAGCUUCCUGAUGAAUUCUUUGAAGUCACAGUGGAUGAUGUACGGAAACGUUUGGCACAGCUGCAGAGUGAGAGGAAACGCCUGGAAGAGGCUCCACUAAUGACAAAGUCUUUGAGGGAAUCUCAGCUGAAGGAGAAGUUGGAGCGUUACCCAAAGGUGGUGCUGAGAGUUCAUUUUCCAGACCGCCAUGUCCUGCAGGGGUUCUUCCAUCCCAGUGAAACCGUUGGCAUUUUGAAAGACUUUGUAAGAAGCCACCUUGCCGAUGCAGAGUUGCCAUUUUACUUGUUUGUUGCACCUCCCAGAAUCAUCUUGAACGAUGAAAGUCUGACACUGUUUGAGGCUAAACUCUUUCCAACUGCUGUAAUUCAUUUUGGAUCUGAGGAGUGCAGGGCUUGUUACCUGAAAUCGGACCUGCUGAGCUCUGCAGUUUCCCCUUCUGCAGCUGAUUUAUUAGUAGCCAGGUGUUUUUCCAGAUCAUUAGUUCCUUCUGCUUCAUCAUCUGUAGCAUCGAGAGCUCCGUCCCUGCCUGAACCAGAAGCGGGAAGCGACAAAAAGAGCAGCGAGUGUCCGGGAGCAGCCAGCACACAGGGAGCUCUGCAGGGCUUGAGAAGGACCCCUGGGAAAAUCCCCAAAUGGCUGAAGCUGCCAGGUGGAAAGAGAUGAAGCAUCCUGGGCUGCUGGAUCAGUGAGCAAUCAGCUGCCCCCCGUCUUGAUGAACUUACUCAGAAUGCGUAAGAAAUUGUUAGUGGCCCUGGAGAGCUAAUCUGUAUGAACAUUAGUUAUAAAAAGAGAAUUGCUAUUUCAGAUGCCAGUUGCACCUGGUGGAGGAGUGAAAGGCCUGUUUAUGGUCUUUGUGACUACAGAAGCAAGGUUAGAAGUUAAAUUUAAGGUUUCUUGCAUGCAAAUAAUAAGCAUAGAGAAAUAAGUGGGAUAUAAUUUCUAUAUACUUUCUGUGAAGGACUUUGUUUCUGUCCAUAUUUUUAAAUUCAAUCUUCCCAGUUCUACCUUCAGAGAUCACUUGAGUCUAUUUGCCUGGAUUCUAGCAUCAAGAUACAAUCUGGUUCAGCUUUAACUACAGUUGUUAAGUGAUGCCUAAAACAAGACUUCUCUCUGCUUCUUGCUGGGUGGGGUUAGUGCUGCUGAUAAUUUUGGAUAUAGAUACCUGGAAAGUGAAUGAAGAGGAAGCACUUAGGUCACUUAAACCAGUUCAGUUGGCCUUUCCUGUGAACCUCUUGGGCUGCUGCCCGUGUAUUGUGUUCAGUUGCCAGAAUGUUACUAACAAAGAACACAGGUAUCUGUUCAUGGAA